GGAUUUAUACGCGGCCACGUUAUGUGGCUGAAAGUCCUUAUCCAUUGUUUUUUAUGGCUACAUGUCAUAAUGGUGGUAUAUUGUCACCUUCCACCCUACGUUGAAACAGAAGUGAACAGGGUCGAGGCGGCGUGUGACCAGGCUAGGAAGUGCAUCCACGACACUAUCCCUAUCUGUGGCAAGAGCAGCUCCGGCUCGGAAAAGAUAAGGACCUUUUGGGACCUCUGCGAUCUGUUUGAAUAUUCCUGUGACAACGAAGAAGUGUGGAGGCACACCCCGGAUGUUGAAGGUUGUCCAAAUAUGACGUAAUUUUAUUGUUGC